AACAUUCUACUCACUCACUUACCUUACCUUUAAUCUGCGGCUCAGGUUUUUUUGAGCUCCUUAGUAUUCUUGACACGAGAAAAAAAAAGAAGAGAAAUAAGAUUUUUGCAGAGACGCUAAUCUCUUGUGUGUUGAAUCUUUAAGCUUCUCUUGGAUGGCGUCUAUUUUCAGACCUUCAGUUUCACUUGACCUACGACCAAAGGUGACCUGCACGAAUCUCUCCACUAAAGAACAACUUAAGUUUCAGAGCAAGAGUCUGAGAAAAGAGAAGCUCAACGUUAGGUUACGUAGCGUGAAAGCUAAUCAAGCACCAGGGACUAGUGUGGUUACAGAGCUUAACAACAAAACCGAUUAUGGAGUUGUAGGGGUUCACCAUGUGGGUCUGCUGUGUGAAAACCUAGAAAGGUCACUUGAGUUCUACCAGAACAUUCUAGGACUUAAGAUCAACGAGGCGAGGCCACACGACAAGCUUCCCUACAGAGGAGCAUGGUUAUGGGUAGGUUCAGAGAUGAUUCAUCUAAUGGAGCUUCCAAAUCCUGAUCCAUUAACUGGUAGACCCGAGCACGGUGGCCGUGAUCGGCAUGCUUGUAUCGCAAUCCGAGAUGUUUCAAAUCUCAAAAAGAUUUUGGAUAAAGCUGGGAUUGAGUAUACGAUGAGUAAGUCAGGGAGGCCAGCAAUAUUCACUCGUGAUCCAGACACAAACGCUCUUGAGUUUACUCAAAUUUGAUUCUCUAGUUUCUCUUUCGGGUCUUCUAGUGUAUGGAUGAAUGGGAUAUAAGUUGUAGAUACAUACUUUAUACUUCUCAAGUAGUCAAGUCUUACCUCUACAAUGUUUAUUGAAGUUCCUUUGAUUUAUAUUA